AUGGUGGCGGACCUCCUCUGGGCGUGCGCCGCAGUGGGCCACCGGGACGAGGCGCUGCUGCAGGCCGCCGCGCAGGUGCUACCCAGCCAGCUCAGCAAGCUCGGGCUGGACACCAACGCACAGGCCAAGGUGCUGUGGGCGCUGAAGCAGCUCAACUUCCGCCACCCCCAGCUGGAGGAGGCCCUGAAGGCUGUCAUCCCAGAUCUUGAUACCCUCCUGGCCGCCUGA